AUGUCAAGGGUUACCAGGGACGUUCAGACGCACUGGGUUCGCCCAUGUCAGCCUCAAGGCAGUUCAGGAGAUCAAGUAUGGCCUAUUUCGGACUUCGAUUACAUUCAGCCUGCAAUCAACAUUCCCCUUGUUGCAAUAUACGCCCUUCCUUCUGAUGCAAACGGACCAUCAGUCAUUAAGGAUUUGAGAGUAGGCCUUGCUGAAACACUCGGCCAAUACAGACAAUUCGGUGGCAGAUUGCAGAUCAACGACGAGACAGGCCAGCACACCAUCAAGACUACCGACCAUGACGUCGUGGAACUGAGUGUCCAAUAUCACGAUGGGCCGGAUGAUGAUUAUGUACCAUCCUACGCCGCCCUCGAGAAAGACGCAUUUCCACCUAUGUUGUUAGACAGCAAAAAGCUUUUGCCAAGAAUCAUGACCGAGAAGCAGAACCUCACCCAGCACGGAGACUUUCAUGAGGACGACGCCCCCGUCACAAUGUUUAUGGUUACCUUUAUUCGAGGCGGCUUGGUCAUUGGCGUUGGCCUGCAUCACUUAGCCACCGACGUUUCAGGACUUGACGGCUUUCUCGAGUCCUGGGCAGCAAACACGAAAAGGUUGGUCGCUGGCUUACCUCUGGCUCCCUUUGACCACUCUAUCAUGGACCGCGCACUUCUCACGCACUCUGGCCCUGCGCCAGAUGUGAAACGGUGGACGGAACUGGACCAAAGGUUGAAGACCGUCAAACUGCUUGAUACGGCUCCUCAGCCUCCUCCUCCCGAAUUCAAAAUGCCCGCCACUUCGGAAGUUCUUUUUCAUUUCCCAAGGUCCAAGAUUAAUCAACUUAAAGCCAAUGCAUCUCGGACAGACCCAAACACUUGGAUAUCGUCUUACGAUGCCAUCAUGGCGCUCUGCUGGCGAUGUGUCUCCCGCGCUCGUCAGUCUUCAGUCACUGGAGACACAACCACUACACUGAUGUUCGCUAUCAACGGGCGCGGUCGUCUCAAACCGCCGCUUUCGAAGCAUUACGUUGGCAACGUCGCCACGCUGAGCUGGUCGGAGCUAACCUUCGAUGAGGUUGUGGCACCCGGUGCCUUUCCUCGCCUGUCGGCAUUGGUGCGUGCAGCAAACGUCGAGGUCGACGGCGAUGUUUACAAAUCAGUCGUGGAGUGGGUUGCCGGUGUCCCUGACAAGCGACGUGUCGCGUUUAACAUGAACGCCUUCUUGGGUCCGGACGUGGUGGGCAGUAGUUGGCAGGGCUUGUCGGCUCAUCAGACGUGGGACUUCGGGUUCGGGACGUCAAAAGCGAUUCGCUGGCCUAAGCCUGAUCUCGAUGGAUUUGUGUUUUACUACCCUUCCAGAAAUACGGGUGACCCGGACGAGGGUGUUGAGAUGGUGGUGUGUUUGGAAGACAGCGCGAUGCAGAAGUUGCUCGAGGACCCGGAGUGGCUGAACUAUGCGGUGGCCAAAGGACCGAGGAGUUGUUUUGAUCUAGAUGUGGCUGGAGCCUGA